AUGGGUUUCAACGCCGCGGUGUUCGCGGUCGUCGUCGCCGCGCGGGCGUGCGGCGCCGUCACCUACCUGCCCGGCGUCGCGCCGCGGAGCUACGCGCCCGAGGAAGGAUUAAAGCUCUACGUGAACAAGCUCACGUCGACGCACACGCAGAUCCCGUACGACUACUACAGCCUGCCCUUCUGCCACCCGAAGAUCAAGGAGGUCACGGAGAACAUCGGCGAGCGGCUCGCCGGCGACCGCAUCGAGAACUCGCUCUACAAGCUCAGCGUGCUCCGCCAGCAGCCGUGCAAGAUCGUCUGCCGGAAGUCGAUCACCAAGGCCGGCGCGCGCCAGUUCGCGUCGGCCAUCGACGACGACUACCGCGUGCACUGGAUCGUCGACAACCUGCCGGCGUCGACGCUCCUGACGAACAAGGCCGCGCCGUCCCAGCCCUACCACGUCCGCGGCUUCCCCGUCGGCUUCAAGCUGGCCGGGUCCGCGGGCAAGGCCGAGCACUACCUCUUCAACCACGUCAAGAUCAUCGUCGCCGUGCACCGCGCGGGCGAGUCCGCCGGCGGCGGCGACGAGGAGCGCGUGCGCGUCGUCGGCUUCCGCGUCGAGCCCUACAGCAUCGCGCACGGCUACGACAAGGACGCCAAGUUCUCGACCAAGGACACGGAGCUGACGACGUGCUCCGCGACGCGGCCGGCGACGAACGACCCGUCCAACUACCAGCGCGUCGACGGCGCGGGCGAGGUCGUCUUCACCUACGACGUCGAGUGGGAGGACAGCGCGACGCCGUGGGCGAACCGCUGGGACGUCUUCCUCCAGGGCAACCCGGACGACAAGAUCCACUGGUUCUCCAUCACGAACUCGACGAUGAUCGUCGUCUUCCUCACGGUCAUGGUCGCCAUGAUCCUCGUGCGCACGCUCUCCCAGGACAUCGCCCAGUACAACGACACGGCGCUUUUAGACGAGGCCAAGGAGGAGAGCGGCUGGAAGCUCGUCCACGCGGACGUCUUCCGGCCGCCGCGGGUCUCGCCCAUGCUCUUCUCCGUGUGCAUCGGCACGGGCGUGCAGCUCGCGCUCAUGGUGCUCUUCACGCUCACCUUCGCGCUCUUUGGCUUCCUCUCGCCCGCGAACCGCGGGUCGCUCAUCACCGCGCUGCUCAUGCUCUACGUCUUCAUGGGCAGCGCGGGCGGCUACGCGGCGUCGCGCGUCUACAAGACCUUCAAGGGGUCGGACUGGAUGACGAACACGCUGCUCACGGCGCUCGCGUUCCCGGGCUUCGUGUUCGGCGCGUUCCUCGUCAUCGACAUGUCCCUGCUCGCCGUGGGCUCGUCGGGCGCGGUGCCCCUGACGACGCUGCUGACGCUCGUCGUGCUCUGGUUCGGCGUGUCCGUGCCGUUGGUCUUCGGCGGCGCCUACUGCGGCUUCAAGAAGGACGUCGAGCCGCACCCGGUGCGGACGAACCAGAUCCCGCGCCUCGUGCCGCCGCAGCCCUGGUACAUGAACGCGGCGCUCACGACGACCUUCGGGGGCAUCCUGCCCUUCGGGGCCGUGUCCGUGGAGCUCUUUUUCAUCAUGUCGGCGAUCUGGCUCCACCAGAUCUACUACAUCUUCGGCUUCCUCUUCCUCGUCAUGAUCAUCCUCGUCGCGACGUGCGCGGAGAUCACGAUCCUCCUCUGCUACUUCCAGCUCUGCAACGAGGACUACAACUGGUGGUGGCGCUCCGUGCUCUCGUCGGGCGCCUGCGCGGGCUACGUGCUCCUCUACGCCGUCUGGUACUACGUCUUCGAGCUCGAGAUCACGGGCGUCGUGCCCUCGACGCUCUACUUCGGCUACAUGAUAUUGAUCAGCCUCUCCUUCUUCCUCAUCACGGGCGCCAUCGGCUUCUACGCGUGCUUCUGGUUCGUCAACAAGAUCUACGGCUCCAUCAAGGUCGAUUAG